AUUUGACAUAGACAACCAUUGUGCAAAGUGCGUUGCUUCAACGCCUAUAGGAUCAGGGCCUCCCAUUACCAACUGGAUAAGGUUUUCCCACCUUCUCAGGAGGCUGAGGUACUCUUUAGGAAAUCACUGAACAAGCUGGACAGGAAGGCUAGCUCUGUCCUGGGUUGUCCACCGCUGCAUCAGAUUAGGCAGUGGAGGCUCUGUGCAGCUCCUUAAGUAGACACUGAUCGACCCCCAGUGUAGGAUGGAGCAAUACUGCAGAUCCUUCAUUCCCAUCAUUCUUACACUGUACAACUCAACAGUCUGACAGAAGUGAGGUCUGUUAAGGGCUAUGACAAAGCAGCUCCUGUUGCAAUGAUUCCUUACCUUCUCUUCCUGCAACAACCAGAGCUGCUCCCAGUGAUCCGCUAAAUAUUACGAAAAGUUCCUUUGAAAUUGAAUACAAUGACACUCACUUACAUUGGGAAAUUCUUGUCAUAGGUUGUCAUAGUCAUAGAAGUCAUACAUUUCUAUAUCUAUUGGAUCCCUAAUCUUCUUAAAAAAACAUUGAAAAUUCCUCACUGUAAUAUGAAUAAAGGUUGAUCUUAUCUUAUCUCACAAUCAGGCACGCUGUUGGUCAUAAAUGAACAUGAGAAGCUACAGUGACUCUAUGAGUGAUCUGGAUGAGCAGCCGCCUGUAUGUGAAUUCCAGUCUGCGCCACGUUCCAGCCAAACUGACAGCUACACAGAACAAAUUGAGUUGGUCAGUUUAAACAACUCUGAUGCAGAUGAUGCAGCCGUCUCCUUUCACCCACAAUGGUUACAAUGGCUCAUGCCUCAUACCUCUUGCAAUCAACAUCAGUAGUGAUUCUGAUGAUGAUGCACCUUAUGUUCCUCUGGCACAGAGGCUCAAACAGAGACAGGAUAAUGAGAUUAGCACCUCUUAUAUUGUAACCAAUGGAAAAGAUGCUCAGCAGUAUGUGUCGCCCAAUGUGGCCAAGUCAUAUUCCUCUUGGCAGGAUGACAUUCAAGAGUCAGGACCCGCACCAAUCUUCAACCAAGGGAGAACAGUCAACCACAGGCUCCCAGAUUUUCAAGAGGAGGUAGCAGCAAUUCAAUGGCAGCAGCCACUAAAGCCUUUUUGUAGUGAAAGAAGCACAAACAUGUCUCCUGUCAAAAGAAAACCAGCCUUGCAUACAGUGGAGGACAUACAACCCUCCGUAGAGGAGGAUUUGAGGAGAGCGCUAACCAGGGAUAUGCUGCAGAGGGAGAAGAAUCCACUCAGGCAGGAACAAGAGAAUCAGAAAGCAGUGCGGAAGGGCCUAGCAGAGGCUGCCAAGGCCAUGAGGCCAGAGAACUGCAUUAAGCACAUUGUGGUGGCUGUGGACCCAGCUCUCUUACAGCUGGAAGGAGGUGGCACUCUGCUGGCAUCAGUGCAAGUGCUGGGUUGUAGUUGUGCUAUAGAGAAACAACCUGUUCCACGAAGUGUAAGCUGGAUGAGAAGGGUUGUCUGUGCACAGCCAGUUGAUGCAUUGCUGGUACCAGAGCCUCUUGUUGUGAUGCAGAUGACGGUGGAUGAUUUCAUCACUUUGAUUCACAGCUACAUUCAGAAAGAGCUGUGUGGCAGGUCCAUCUCUGAUCCCACUCUGACAUCCUGGGUGCAAGAGCAGCAGAAGCGCAGCCCUGGAAAGAUCCUCAGCCUGGUUGUUAUCAACCUGGAAAAAUACUACAGCUCCCAGAAGUCACAAAGCCGGAAGAAGUUUGUAGAGGAUGUCGCGAGUGAGGACCAGGGCAGAAGAAAACCAGUAAAGAGGAAAAAAAAUGGUGGAACUGGGCAGCUACCUGAGGUGUCCCGAGUUGAGGUAGAAGAGGCAGUGGUACAUCUUCAGCUUUACACUGGUGUCUCUGUCCACUUCUUGUCGACCUGGAAUGACUUCUCCAAUCACAUCACUUUGACAACCAAAGCGGUUGCAGAAGCCCCUUUCAAGAGAGAGAAGGAUGAGACUGGCUUCUCUUUCUACCUUGAGAGUGAGUGGGCAGGGGGCCAGCGGGUGGAUAAAGCUGGCAAAGGCCUGCUACAGGUGUGGAAGAGACAGAUCCAACAGUUCAACAAAGUCAGUUCUGACAUGGCCUCAGCCAUUGUGGCAGCUUACCCCUCCCCACACCGACUUAAGAAGGCAUACAGCCUGUGUAAGACUGACGGCGACAAGAUCUCUCUGCUGUCUGACCUUCUAAUACGCAGAGGAGAAGGGGUGACCUCCACAACUCGUCGGGUUGGCCCAGAGCUUUCCAAACGCCUCCUUAUCAUGAUGAACUCCUGGGAUCCUGAGCAGUUUCUGGACUCCACAGUCUGAUAUAUUUUGAAUAUGAUUAAUGAUUCCUUUUGUGGUCAAACAGUUUGUUUCUCUGUUCAAUUUACUACUAUUUCAUUAUUAAAGAGCAUUCCCUACAUUCA